GCUGACCUUCAGACAAGUUCUCAGCGUUUAAAUCUUUCAGCUUCCAAUGCUGCAGUGACUGAGCUUAAACCUGAUUGUUGUAUUGAUGAUGUCAUACACCACGAAGUAAAGGAAAUUGGAACACACAUCCUGGUGUGCGCUGUGAGUUAUACAACUCAGGGUGGAGAAAAAAUGUACUUUAGAAAAUUCUUCAAAUUUCAGGUUCUCGAACCAUUGGAUGUGAAAACCAAAUUUUACAAUGCGGAGAGUGACCUCAGUUCUGUGACUGAUGAAGUAUUUCUUGAAGCCCAGAUUCAGAAUAUUACAACCUCACCCAUGUUUACGGAAAAAGUUUCAUUGGAGCCAUCUAUAACGUGUAAUGUAACAGAAUUAAAUUCUGUCAACCAAGCUGGAGAGUGUGUAUCAACAUUUGGAUCAAGAGCAUAUUUGCAGCCAAUGGAUACACGCCAGUACUUAUACUGCCUAAAGCCCAAGAAGGAGUUUGCAGAAAAAGCGGGCAUCAUUAAGGGAGUAACAGUAAUUGGAAAAUUGGAUAUUGUAUGGAAAACAAACCUCGGUGAAAGGGGAAGGUUACAAACCAGCCAACCUCAGAGAAUGGCACCAGGUUACGGAGAUGUUCGGUUGUCUUUGGAGGCAAUUCCAGAUACUGUAAACCUAGAAGCUUUUCAUAUUACCUGUAAAAUAACUAACUGUAGCAGUGAAAGGACGAUGGAUCUGGUUUUGGAAAUGUGCAAUACCAAUUUAAUCCAUUGGUGUGGUAUUUCAGGAAGGCAGCAUGGAAAGCUGCAUCCAAGUUCCUUUCUCUGCCUUGCCCUUACUCUACUGUCUUCAGUACAGGGACUACGAAGAGUCUCCGGCUUAAGACUAACAGACACAUUCUUAAAGACAACAUAUGAGUAUGAUGACAUCGCACAAGUCUGUGUAGUAUCUUCAGCUGUUAAAGUGGAAAGCUAAAGAAAAUUCCCAGUGUUAUGCUUUUAUUUUCA